AUGGAUGCGCUGGCGAUGCUGGCGGCGGGCGCGGCGCUCCUGCUGGGGCUCUGCGCGCUUCUCUACUACAACUUCGCGACGGCCACGCGGUGCCGGAACGCGGUCAGCCUGCGGGGCAAGACGGUUCUCAUCACAGGUGGAAAUACAGGGAUCGGGAAGGCCACAGCGGUGGAUCUGGCCCGGAGAGGCGCCCGUGUCAUUCUGGCAUGCCGCGACAAAGCAAGAGGAGAAUCGGCUGUGUACGACAUCAGACGGGAAAGUGGGAACUCGGAGGUGAUCCUGAUGAUCCUGGAUCUGGCCAGCCUCAACUCCGUGCGAGCUUUCGCAGAGACCUUCUUAAAAUCGGAGCCCCGUCUGGACAUCCUCAUCAACAAUGCCGGGGUCUUUAAGGAUGGUCAAACCGCUGAUGGCUUUGGUGAGGCCUUCCAGGUCAACCACCUGGCUCACUUCCUGCUGACCCACCUGCUCCUGGACCGGCUAAAGCACUGCGCCCCAAGCCGGGUUGUAAUCGUGUCCUCAGGUGCGCACUGGGCUGGGAAGAUUGACUUUCGGACCAUCCACAAGCCGGUGGAGGGGAUGUGGCAGGCCACAAAAUCAUACUGCAACAGCAAAUUAGCCAACGUUCUCCACAUGAGAGAGUUGGCCAACCGGCUGGAAGGAACCAACGUCACCUGCUACGCGGUUCAUCCAGGCACCAUAACAUUUGCUGCCAUCGGCAAAGACAGUGAGGGCAUCUGGUAG